CACCCUACGACUACUACUCUACGAGUACUGCCAGAAUGUCUUUGCCUUAUACCUGGGACAAUACCGCCGAGAAGGUCGCGCAGGACCUUGCGACGCAUAUCGCCGACCGAAUUGUGUUGGUGACAGGCGUCAGUCCAGGCGGCCUGGGAGCUGCGUUUGCCAGCGCCAUCGCGCACCAGAAACCGCGUCUGAUCAUCCUAGCCGCCCGCAGCGUCUCCAAGGCCGAGGAAACAGCCAAGGCAAUCGCCGAGCAGGCCCCAGACGUACAGACCCGACUUCUGGAGCUGGAUCUGUCUUCGCAGGCCCAGAUCCGUCAGGCGGCCGCCGAGGUGAACGCGUACGCCGAGAACAUCGACGUGCUGGUCAACAAUGCCGGCGUGAUGGCCAUCCCCUACACGCCCACCACGGACGGGCUGGAAUCUCAAUUCGGGAUCAACUAUCUCGGGCCCUUUCUCUUCACUAACCUCAUCAUGCCCAAGUUACGCGCGGGGGCCGGCAAGGCCCGCGUCGUCAACAUCAGCAGCGACGGAUAUCGCGCCAGCGCUAUCCGCUUUGCCGAUCCAAACUUCGAUAACGGCAAAGCGUAUGAUAAAUGGGAGGCAUACGGCCAGUCCAAAACGGCCACCAUGCUCUUCGCCAUUGCUCUGGCCAAGAGGCUCGGGGAUGAAUUGGUGGCAGUCAGCAUUCAUCCGGGGGUCAUCUUCACCAAUCUCGCCAACCAUUUCGUAACGGAUAUCGUGGAGGAGCUGACACAACUGGCCCACCGGCAGGGGAACGGACCCUUCGCAGACGGUGGGCGAUUCAAGAACCUCCCUCAGGGCGUGUCGACGCAUGUCGUUGCCGCUUUCGAUCCGCGGAUUGAAGAACACAAUGGCGCCUAUCUCUCUGAUUGCCAGGUCCUUCCCCCUGACCAGAUCCGAUGCUGGGGCCGGGAUCCCGUCGAGGCUGAGAAGCUUUGGGAGCUGAGCGAGGAGAUGGUUGGGCAGAAGUUCGAGUACUAAUAGUACUAACUAGUCUUGACAAGGUCAUUUACCCUACAUCUAGGGGUAGCAUUUUAUCAUCAAUGAUUAUAAGUGAAUCAGAUAAUGAAAUAUCUAUCGAAAUA